AUGUCUGCGCCCAAGUGGAGAAUCGUCAUGGCCUGCGAUGACGCCGGUAUCGAGUACAAGAACACCUUGAUGCAGGACCUCAAGAACGACCCUCGUGUCGCCUCAGUCGAGGAUGUAGGAGUCAACGAGAAGACUGACAAGACUGCCUACCCCCACCUCUCGGUCAUUGCAGCCCGCAAGAUCCAAGCCGGCGAGGCUGACCGUGGUCUCUUCGUCUGCGGCACCGGCAUCGGUAUCGCCAUUGCCGCUAACAAGGUCAAGGGCAUCCGUGCCGCCGCUUGCAUGGACCCCUUCUCCGUCGAGAGGUCAGUCCUCAGCAACAACUGCCAGGUCCUCUGCUUCGGACAGCGUGUCGUCGGUAUCGAGCUCGCUAGGAACCUCACCAAGCAGUGGCUCGGCCACGUCUUCGACUCUUCCAGUCCUAGCGCAGCUAAGGUUCAGUGCAUCUGCGACUAUGAGGAGGAGGAGGCUAAGAAGUAGGCGGGUAGCAGCCCACGGAAGAGGCUUCAGGCUGCCCUUGUCGUCGAAUGAAAUCGAGCCAUUAUCUCUCCUG